AUGCUUGCUUCUAGCUUACGACAGGGAUGGAGGUGUUCGAUCAAGCCUUCAUCAAAGACGGUGGCUACUGCCCAUGACCGUGCCCGCACUCGGACUCUAUCGUCGUCGUCAUCCCGCGUGAUCUCGCCUGCAUCGUCGCAUUGGUCCAUCGCGGCUUCGCCAGGCAGUCACGAGCUCGAGCAAUCUGACACUACACCACCGAGCACGUCUCAACACGACAGAGUAUCGCCAGGUCCAAUAACGACUUCGCACCAGCGCGUGCUCGACCGCACACUUCGUGCGGCGAUCCAUGCCCAGACGGAGCUCCAGAACCGUGACCCUUCGCGGCUACGGGGGCAGGCGUCGUAUACACAACACGGCUGGAAACGUACACCCCAACGUAACAAUCAAGUUCGUGCCGCAACCGACCUCAGACGGCGCUCGGCACCGUCGUCUUCAUCGUCUCUGACUGCAUCACAUCGACGCAGUUUCACCAGCUCGGCCCCACCUAGCGCAGCCGGAGCAUUGCCAUACACUGCGAGGCCGACGGGGGCCGAAGAUUCGAACAUGCACGCGCCUCAUUUUUUGCACGACGUCUCUUUAUCAGGGUCAGAUCCUGAGCUGCGCCAGUCCGGGAAAGCUACUCUCCGAACUGGCACGUCGGCUGACUACGACUCACGAGCCGAUGUCGUCCUUUCACCGGGCUGCUGGGUCGAAAGCAUGGAGUACGUGAGCUCUCGCUGCGCACGAAGAAGAAUCAUUGGGACUGACCUUGGAUUGGGGCUUUAUUCUGACAUGUAGCGACGGCGUACCGACCGACGGCGUGUUCCUGGGCAAGUCGAACGAAAAACACGACCAGCUACUCAUCUUGUCUUCGCUCGGUGUCGCCGAGUAUCAAGCCAUCAAGCAAGGCUCGAUCACAUGUAUUGUGCCUCAUUUCAUCAGCUCUCCUCUCGCACAGCGAUGUUUGCUGCUCAACCCUAGCGAUCCGAGCGUUCUCCCGAUCAUUCAGAGUCUUCGCCAAUUUUCCGUGCGCAUCGAGGACCAGACGAGGGCCUUGAUCUCCCUUGGCGCCCUGCGACUCUACGAGCUUUGUUUGUCACAUGCGCAAACGCCGCACUCAAUCGACUGCCGGACCGCACUCGACCUGUUGGGAUACUCCGGCGAACACACGCCCGAGGUGCAACUCGCAAUUCAUCGACUCAUGAUGCAGGAUGCGGAGCACUUUAUUGCGGGUCCAGCCUUGAUGCGUACGACGGGUACUUUUCAACUGCGGCCCCACGAAGAAGUCGAAAUCUUGGUCACAGUUAGAUCUUGGGUUCGACAGCGCAGUCCGCAAAUCAUGGACUUCGUCGACCGAGCCGUGCAAGUCAGACAACAUAGUAUGCUCCAGAGCACUGCAUCGCCAUCGAUCGGGACGGCAAAGCCGCUGCUCAAAAAUCCUCCCGACGUUUCGUGGAACAAGGACGACCUACGCAUUAUCGACUUUCUUCGCUUCUCGGCGGAGACCCCACGCGCACUCCAACGCAAUCCUUACUUAUCGACGACGCCUUCAAUUAUCAAACUUGUCGACGCUGCUUCGGACCGUUGCGGCAGGUCCGGAGUCACUCGCAGGGCGUCUCAACAGAAUCUGCCACGGGGCAAAACAAUCGAUCGCUUACAUGUGUACACCUUCCUCGCCGAGCUUGGGGCGUUGCCACCGUGGGAAAAUUGGGUCGUACAAGAGUCGAGAAGCUUGCUGCAGCCAUGGGACACGGCCUCAGCCAGCCUUCAGAAUGAGACCCAGUCGUUGCAGCGUUCUUCACAGGGAGCGCGAACGUCGCUUCCUAUAAUCGAUGGUCUGGACGACGUUCGGCAUGAUUUUGGAUCACUCAAUGUCUAUACAAUAGACGACGCCAGUGCUCGAGAAUUGGACGACGGGAUUUCGAUCGAGCCUGCUGCCGGAUUGAAAACGUGGUGGAUCCAUGUGCACAUCGCCGACCCAACCGCACUUCUCUCUCCCGAGCACAGGAUUUCUCGAGUCGCGCGCACGCGUGUACAAACGGAAUACUUUCCCGAGCGCACGUGGUCGAUGCUCCCGAGCUUUCUCGUUGACGACGGUAGAUUGAGUCUCGGCGCUCACAAUGGUGGGGUUCAACGGACGAUGUCUUUCAGCACUCUAGUGGACGAAACGGGUCGCGUGGUAGACGGUAAAGUCACCGCGGGUGUGGUGCGGAACGUAAAACGCUACACUUAUGGCGCCGUCAACGCAAUACUCGGACAUGCAGCUGCGGAUUCAAACCCCACCAGGCUCGAGUACCCUCUUUCAGAAGGUGCUACACCUCACUCUCAACCCUCAGUACAUCUUCGCGAGACCGACGAUGGCGAGCUUGCCACCAAUACGCCCGACCAAGUCAAAACCGACCUGGAUGUGCUCCAUAAGCUAGCUCGCGCUCUUCUGCGUCGCCGCGCCGACAACGAUGCACUCUUCUGGCAAUUCCCAUCGUCGACCGUCACAGUGUCACCGCCACCCGACGCAACUUGGCAAACCUCUUCGCGGCCGACCUUCUACUCUCAAUGUCCACUUGUGACCCUCCAUCUACCGGCAGCACCAAAGAGUCUCGCAUGGUCGGCUACGCCACUGGGGUCUGCGCAGAUGCUGGUAUCAGAGGCCAUGGUCGCUGCCAACCGAACGGCUGCCAAGUUCUGCGUCGAGCGAGGGCUUCCAAUGCCUUUCCGAGUUCAAGAUCCGCCGCGAGUCUCGUCGACGUCCUCCCUUUCCGAUAUACUAGCUUUGCGCGAGCCGGAGACUGGAGAAGCAAAUGCAAGCGACAUUGUGCGGCUCGGCAUCGACUUUCUGCCGGGCAAAACUCAGGUCGAGCCAGGCGUGCAUUGGCCCAUGGGGAUUCGUGACUCGAGUGGAUACGUGCGCGUAACAAGUCCGCUCCGUCGCUACAGUGAUCUGUUCUCGCAUUGGCAACUCAAGUCGGCCCUAUCCCCGGGUGCUGUCUCGCCUCUGUUCUCCCGCGACCAGGUGCAUGUACACGCCCGUGAGUUUGAUGCGUCCCAAAAGCAGCGCGCAAGAUUGUCGAAGAACGCCGAGAACUUCUGGGCAAUGUACAUCCUGCGACACAAAUUUCAAGCGGCGCAAGCCUCGCAACGCCAGGGCUCAAGUCUCAACGAUCAAGAUCCUUAUACCGCCUUCCACUCACGAGGACUGACCGCCCUCGCGUUGCGUGGCCCCUCUAGGAGCGAGAUGGAAGGUUCGUGGCGCCAACCUGUGCUUUUGCGUGAAUUGGGAGUGCGCGGAACCUUGAUCUCUUACACGGCUGCGGAUGCUAUAACCGCUGGCGACAGCCGCCCUGUCACUAUCCAAUGUGUUGAUCAUCGAGUCUUGGUAGAGCCGCGAGCCGGUUAG